GGACACGAUGUGACGAAUGAGGUGCCAACAUAGUCGGGCGUGGUCGGCGUAUGGAAUGAAAAUUGCGGUACUCUGGUAACACAUGGUUCUUCCUGUGGAGUUUCAGGGCCUUCGGGUGUGCAGUUGUGGUGUUGUUAUUUUACUCGUUGUUUGAAGCUGGUCAUGAGAGGUCGGAAAUGCUCAGCCAGAACUGCAACCACAUCGGCCAUGCCUGGGACGCGACAGUAGGAUCUGACCUAAUUUCGGCAUCCACGAGACCGAAGACCCCAGGAGCCCUCGUAGCUCCUCCCAACGACAGAUACAUAGUGUUUGAUUCUCGCCAGCCCUGGCACAUGUCAGCGACGGCCCUCGCACGGGCCUGGGACCUCCGCGUCCUCCGCAAAGAGAGCUCCGCUGCUUCUCCACCUGGCAUACCUAGACCAAACGUCAGCUCGACGCGCCACGUUGCUGCCGGACCACGCCAUCUGCCCACGCCGACUGCCCACGCAAUGCGAUGAACCGCCCCUCGGCCUCGCGCUCCCGCUCGCGCGCCCGCCCCAACGCCGCGCGGACCGCAUCCUUUGCGCCCUCGCUGCGGCGGCGCACGACGUCGCAAUCGGCGCAGAGCCAUGACUACGACGACGCCGAAGCAGCGUCGACGGCGCAGGCCGACGCGGCGAUUGCCAGCGAGAUUGCCGAGAUCAAGCGCUACGAGGACUUCACGACGAUAGACUGGGUGCAGGACGCGGCGCGCGAGUCGCUGCGGCGGAAGGCCCGACGCCGGGCGCGGCUGGCGCAGCCCGCGACACACACCGGGCGCGUGUUCCUUGGGCGUGGGCGCGGCCGCUGGCGCCGCAAGAUCGCCGAGGCGUAUGAUGCGGGCCAGGCGUGGAUUGUGGUGACGCUGGUCGGGGCCGCCAUCGGGCUCAAUGCGGCCUUCCUCAACAUCGUGACCGAGUGGCUGUCGGACAUCAAGCUGGGGCGCUGCUCGACGGCCUUCUAUCUCAACGAGAGCUUCUGCUGCUGGGGCGCCGAGGGCGGCUGUCCGGAGUGGAAGCGCUGGAGCACCGUGUGGCCCGUCAACUACGUGCUGUACAUGCUGUUUGCGGCCCUGUUCGCUCUCACGGCCGCCACGCUGGUCAAGAGCUUUGCGCCGUAUGCCGCUGGCUCGGGCAUCAGCGAGAUGAAGUGCAUCAUCGCGGGAUUUGUGAUGAAGGGCUUUCUAGGCGCCACAACGCUGUUCAUCAAGAGCAUCGGGCUGCCACUGGCGAUUGCGAGUGGGCUCAGUGUCGGCAAGGAGGGGCCCAGUGUGCACUAUGCUGUCUGCACCGGCAACGUCAUCAGCCGCUUCUUCGACAAGUACCGACGAAACGCAGCAAAGACACGGGAGAUUCUGAGUGCGAGUGCGGCCGCGGGUGUCGGCGUCGCCUUUGGCAGUCCAAUCGGCGGCGUGCUGUUCAGUCUCGAGGAGAUGUGCAACCACUUCCCGCUCAAGACCAUGUGGAGGAGCUACUUCUGUGCGCUGGUGGCUACCGCCGUGCUGGCUGCAAUGAACCCCUUCCGCACCGGCCAGCUCGUCAUGUUCCAAGUCCGAUACGACCGCUCGUGGCACUUCUUCGAGAUCCUGUUCUACCUUGUCAUCGGCGUAUUUGGCGGCCUCUACGGCGCCUUCGUCAUAAAGUGGAACCUGAAGAUGCAGGUUUUCCGCAAGAAGUACCUGUCCGCCUACCCCGUCACCGAGGCAGUGGUCCUCGCUGUUGUGACGGCCAUCAUAUGCUAUCCGAACAUGUUUCUGCGCAUUGACAUGACAGAAAGCAUGGAAAUUCUAUUCCAGGAGUGCGAAGGUGGACACGGUUAUGACAAGCUGUGCGACCGCGACCAGCGCUGGCACAUGAUCCUGUCCCUCUUCCUGGCCUUCACGCUGCGCACCCUCCUCGUCAUCAUCUCGUUCGGCUGCAAAGUCCCAGCCGGUAUCUUUGUACCCAGCAUGGCCGUCGGCGCAGCUUUUGGCCGUAUGAUUGGCAUCCUUGUUGAAGCACUGCACGAGUCUUUUCCCACCUCGGCCUUCUUCAGCGCUUGCCUGCCCGACGAGCCCUGCAUCACACCCGGCACCUACGCAUUCCUCGGUGCCGCAGCGGCCCUCUCCGGCAUCAUGCACAUCACCGUCUCGGUUGUGGUCAUCAUGUUCGAAAUUACCGGCGCACUAACCUACAUCCUUCCGACCAUGAUCGUCGUCGGCGUCACCAAAGCCGUCAGCGAGCGCUUCGGCCACGGCGGCAUCGCAGACCGCAUGAUUUACCUCAACGGCUACCCCUUUCUGGACAACAAAGAAGACCACACCUUCGGCGUCCCCGUCAGCGCCGUCAUGUCCACGACCACCGCCUGCCUGCCCGCUCACGGCCUCACCCUGCGCAACCUCGAGGCCACCAUGCACAAUAACGCAUACCAGGGCUACCCCGUAGUCACGGACCUCGCUUCCAAAACCCUCCUCGGCUACAUCGGCCGCACCGAGCUGCGCUACGCCCUCGACAAGGCGCGCACCGAUUCCCGCGCCUCGUCCUCGUCGCGCAUCGCGCUCGCCGCCCCCGUUGACGAUACCCACAUUGAUUUGACGCGCUUCGUCGACCCCACGCCGCUCACAGUGCACCCUCGCCUCCCCCUCGAGACCGUCAUGGAGCUGUUCAAGAAAAUGGGCCCCAGGGCGAUCUUGAUCGAGUACAGAGGCCGUCUCACCGGUCUGGUCACCGUCAAGGACUGCCUCAAGUACCAGUUCAAAGUCGAGGCAGCGGGGCACGGUGGGCACGGCGGCGCUGGCAUCGGCGAGGACGACCGCAUGGAGGCGCUGUACAAUAUAUUGAGUCGCGUGGCGGGCGGCGUUGACGGGGCGUGGCGCAGGGUGCUGGGGAAAAUGGGGUUGUCGCGCGGUGGGGCGGUGCGAUUAGACAGCCCAGUGGUGGUACGGACGCCGCGGGUUAGAGACGAGGGAGAGGAGCUGGAAGAUCGGGGGAGGCCGGGGAGUAGAUAGACAGACAGACAGAUAGAUACGACGCGCAAGCACUUCAUUUUCUACACGUCUGGUGUUGAGUGAUUUCGUGUGAUGGUGCC